AUGAGUUGCUUGUGUGCCGGCUGUUCUGACAAGGGAGAAGUGAAGUUGGUCCCCGACCACAGGAUGGAAAUCAAGGAGAAGCCCUCGAUCCCCAAGAAGAAGAACACGCUAGUCAGCCCGAACACCAUCCUAGAAAUAGAGCCGGACAAAAACUUAAAAAAGCAGAUUACCUUCAGACCCAAGGUCGAUAUCAUGUACGACUCUGAGAAGUGCCAAGCCAUCCUGGUGUUGGACAUUCCGGGGUUUAAGAUUGAAGACAUCGACGUGGAAAUCGGAGAGGGAAUGCUCACUGUUUCUGGACCCAGAUCACAGACGGAGCUAUUCGAAACCUAUGGAGAUAACUUAAUCCUGCAUGCGAAGGAGCGGGAGGUGGGUUACUUCAAAAGGAUCUUCAAGCUUCCCCACAACAUCCUCGAUGACACGGCGCAAGCCCUUUACAAGAAU